AUGAAGAAUAUGAUUUCACCCAUUCAAAAUGCCGCGCCAUCUCCUACUUUUCUAUGGAGGUUCAAGGUGACACUCUUUCUGAUAUGGGGACUUACUUGCUGUAAGAUUGGUUGGGAUUCUGUCAUGAGAAUGGAUGCAAAUUUGAGAGAUCUGUUUUUGUACGAGGCUUUUUUGUAUUACAACCCUCUCCUACUUGUGACUAUUAUGGUCUGGCUUUGGGGAGUGAAUGUGUGGGUAUUUCUACAGUCCAGUGUAAGCUAUCCCAAGGUUUUUGAUAUUGAUCAAAAUCACCUUACUCACAAAGAGAUAUGGAAGUGUAGCACUUGGAUGACAAUCCUUGUCCCUACCAGCAUGACUUCUUAUCUCUAUCUCUAUUCUCAUGGGGAAGUAUCAUUGGCUGCAUCUCAACCAGUGCUUCUCUACAUAUUUGUUGCAAUGCUCUUGAUCUUUCCCUUCGAUAUUUUCUAUUUAUCCUCUCGGUACUUCUUUUUGAAGACUCUGUUGCGGAUAGCUUUCCCUUUGCAGCCAAUUUCAUUUCCCGACUUUUUCUUGGCUGAUAUUUUAACCUCCAUGGCAAAGGUGUUUUCAGAUUUGGAGCGUUCGGUUUGUAGAAUGGUAAACAAACAGGUUGCUACAAUUGCUUGGCUUGAAGCUGAUUCAGUAUGUGGUAGUCACUCGAUCGCAAUACCAAUAGUUCUUGUUCUUCCUUAUUUGUGGCGUCUAUUGCAAUGUCUCCGCCAAUACAAAGAUACUAAAGAAAAAAACUGUCUCUUGAAUGCUUUAAAAUAUUCAACAGCAGUCCCUGUAAUUUUUCUAUCUGCCCUUAAGUAUCACGUCUUCCCUGAGAAAUGGACGACCCUUUAUCGACCGCUAUGGCUUCUCUCAAGUGUCAUUAAUUCACUCUAUUCAUUUUACUGGGAUAUAACCAGAGAUUGGGAUUUAAGCGGCUUUUCACGCAUAUUUAAGUUCACCAAACCAAGUCUAGUUACCAAUGUGUUUUAUGGACAACAUUGGGUAUACUUUUGGGUAAUUGGAAGUAACCUUGUUCUGCGUGGUUCGUGGACAUACAAAUUAUCUGCUCAUCUACGCCAUAAUUAUCUGACAGUGUUUGGUAUCACUCUGUUGGAGAUGUUCCGGCGCUUCCAAUGGGUGUUUUUUAGAGUUGAAAAUGAAUGGAACAAGAUUACUCGGACCGGUGUUCAACUCGCAGAAGUUCCAAGAGAGGAGGAGAAACUGCUAGGCUCAAACAUUCAUGAUGUAUAG